UCCGGCAUCGUUCGUUGUGUACGGUUUUCCCGAGCGCGAGACUUUUUCCACACAUCCAAGUGCACGCACGCACGCGCGAACGCACGCACACACGUACCGUACACGUCGGUCGUCGCGGAAAAACAUUCGGUUUAGUAUUUUUGCGGUCGCGAGCAAUGUCUAGUGCUCGGCAGCGACAAGAGGACGACGACGACGACGACGACACGGUCUCGCGGUCACCGCCGCCGCCGCCACCGCCGCCGCCACCGCCACCGCUUCCACUUCUGCGAUCCUCUCCGCCUCAGCCACCGCCUCCGCCGAUCGUUCCGCCGGCACCGCCAACACUGGAAGACAACGUCGACGGGUCGCCCGCGUCCGCCGCCGUAGCGGCCGCGGCAGCUGCGGCCGCAGCGGCUGCGACGGCCGCCAAACUGCGGCCGGCCGAGUCGUUGAUGCUCAGCCCGUCAUUAUACUACAAACGGUUGUUGGCCGCAAAUGUGGCCGCUACGUUCGGCAAGGCCGUCAAAGCGCACCAUCAACAGCAGCAGCAGCAGCAGCAGCAGCCGCAGCAGCAGCAGCACCAGCAGCAACAACAUCAGCACCACCACCAUCAACACGGUGCCGGCCACCACCAAACCGCGCACAACGUGCACAACUUGCAUCUGGGCGGUGAUGGCGGCGGCGGUGGUGGUCCCCAUCAACAGCAACUCGGCCAUCAGCAACAGCAGCAGCAACCGGCCGCUGGCGUAGGGUCCGCGAGCACCACUUCAUCGGGUGACGAUGAUGACGACGACGAUGACGACGACGACGAAGACAGCAGCGGCGGCCAACACCAUAAGAUCGUCGUCGACCAGGAGAAGGCGGCUUUCUUGUGGCCGUCGCCGGAACAACAGGCCCAACAGCAGCAGCAGCAGCAGCAGCAGCAGCAGCAGCAGCAACAGCAACAGCAGCAGCAGCAGCAGCAACAGCAACAGCAGCAGAACAAUCUAGCUGUGGCCGGUGGCCAGGCGUUAGGACCCGGCGCCGGUGGCCUGAACAACAACAACAACAACAACAACAACAACAGCCACCUGAACGGCAACAAAUGCGGGAGCGGUAGCGGCGCCGGGUCAGCCGUCCACCCGCAGCACUUGCAGCAGCAAGGUGGCGCGGGCACCGGAGCCGGCGGCACCGGUCUGGUGCACUGGAUGUCCAUGAUGGCCGAGCACAUGAACAACGCUGCGGCCACGCAUCACCAUCACCAUCACCCGCACCAUCAUCAUCAUCCUGCCGACCCGGCCAACGCGAUGCAUUACAUGUGGAACACACCGGCCGUCGACGUGCAAUGCGGUGGUCACGGCAAAGAAGUGGACUAUAGCUGGACUAGGCAGACAGCCAUGAAACAAGGCUAUGAGGCUAAAAUGAAUAACAACAACGAUCACAACCAACAUCUUUCAAAAGGAGGUAUGGAAGAUGGUUCUGGUAUGUACCAGCAUCACGGAGGAGGAACACCUAGGUCUCACAGUACGGCGAGUACUGCGAGCAGCGUUUCACCCACUGGAAACUCAGCGACACCCAUGUUAAUUGUACCUCAUCCAAUUAAUGCAACCAAGAUCACAGACGCACAUCACGUAGUCACACAUCAAAACGGUGGAGGAAGAAAAUACACGUGCAAAAUGUGUCCAUCGGGUCGCGGUAGGAAGCGGGGCGUGAACAAAGGUAGAGACGGUCUCGGAUGGUCGAGUGUGGACCACGGAAACCCAGAGAUUUUCGCGUCCAAGUCGGAGUUGCAAUUGCACUCGCAGCUGCAUGUCAAAGACGUGAAACCGUACAAAUGCCACCAGUGCAACAAGACGUUCGCCAACAGCUCGUACCUGAGCCAGCACACGCGCAUCCACCUGGGCAUCAAACCGUACCGGUGCGACAUCUGCCAGCGGAGGUUCACGCAGCUCAGCCACCUGCAGCAGCACAUACGCACUCACACGGGCGACAAGCCGUACAAGUGCCGGCAUCCGGGCUGCAUUAAGGCGUUCUCGCAGCUCAGCAACCUACAGUCGCACUCGCGGUGCCACCAGACGGACAAGCCGUUCAAGUGCAACUCGUGCUACAAGUGUUUCCAGGACGAGCAAUCGCUGCUCGAGCACAUACCCAAGCACAAGGAGUCCAAGCACCUGAAGACGCACAUAUGCCAGUACUGCGGCAAGUCGUACACGCAGGAAACGUACCUGUCCAAGCACAUGCAGAAGCACGCGGAGCGCAUGGACAAGAGGCCGCCGAUCAUUGGCAUACCGCGGGUGGCUCUGGAGAACGGUGCGUACUGGGCCAAGCUGUCGCCGGACACGGCCAAUAACCUUGCAGAGGCCAUGAACCAGCAGCAGCAGCAACAGGAUUGCAUGCAAGGCGGCGCGGCCAACGGCGGCUCCGAUUCCAUGCAGUCGCGCGGUGACUUGAACGCCGGCAGCGGCGGCGGCGGCGGCGGCGGCGGAGGUAGUGCCGGCGGACCGUCCAGCACCGGUGGCUCGGCCGCUGCGGCCGCAGCCGUCGACGACCAACCGUCCAGGCACGGCGGCGGUGGUGGUCAUCUACCGCCCGCGCCGCCCGAGUACCUGACGGACUCCGCGUCCGCGCCCAAGACCAGCACGUCCGCGUUCACGCCUAUCCAAUCGUUCGGGCUGCCCUCGCACCCGCCGCCACCGUCGCACCACCACCAUCAGCAGCACCACCAGCAGCACAACCCGCCGCCCAUGUACCUGCCCUACAAUCAUUUGCCGUUCCCCGGGGCCAAGCAGCUGGGCGCGCACGGCCACCAGCUGUCCCCGAUGACCGGCCCGAUGGACAUGAAGCCAUCCGGCGUCGGCCCCGUGCCCAACAGUUUCCCCAACCAACUGAUCUCGCUGCACAACAUACGGAACUACUCGCACCAGCCGUCGCUCAUGUCCGAACACCUGUUGCACAGCAUGAAGGACAAGGUUCAGUAGUGCACGGCGCCGGUAUCGUGUUCGCCGCCGCGGCCGUACACGUGGUGAAUCCACAGUAACAGCCGGCCACCGCGGCCGUAUACGUGGUAACCGCACGGUAACGCCGGCCACCGCGGUAUCGCCGCGGUCCGACUGUGAUAAACGACACGCAGCGGAUUCGCGGAUUCAUGUUGUUUAUUAUAUCAAUAUUAUUUUUAUUUUUUAUUAUUAUUAUUAUUAUUAUUAUAACUAUUAUUAUUAUUAUUAUUAUUAUUAUUAUUAUUAUUAUUAUUAUUAUUAUUAUUAUUAUCAACAUUACUUUAUGAAAUGUGUUUUAUAUGCAGUUUUUUUGUCCAUUGUCAACGUGUGUAUGUGUCUCAUCGUCAUCUCAAUGUGUCCCCCUCCCUACCAUGAUCCUUUUAUGAGGUUUUUUUUUUUUGUUCACGAGCUAAUAUGAUAGUAUAUACAUUAUUACAUUGAUUAAGUUUUUUUCGGUGUUAAGUUAUUGUGGACCGAGUGUAUACGCGCGAUUUUAUCGCCUCCCGCCGUGAUGAACUGUGUAAAUAGAAUGGAGUUUAUAUAAGAAAAGUUUAUUUGUAUUAUUUUAUUUGUAUUUCGUCUUCUCGUCAAGAUAUUUUUUGUACCCAAGACUGAUGUGCACAUUAUGAUAUAAUUACUGUAUGUUAAAAAAAAAAAAAAACGUUUAAAACGGAACUCGGGCAGUACGACACUAUCGAGAAAAUUAUAAAUAAUACAGUUAUUAUACAAUAUGUUAGAUAUAUCAUUAUUAUUAUAUUUUUUUUUAGUAUUCAU